AAUUCGUGCUGGUUCUGGCCAUCGCGGUGAAUGUGUGGGAAUGUGGAGAUGCAAAAUUCGGAGAGAGGGGAGAAAUCAGCCCCAGGAGGAGACGAUGUUACGACGGCAGCUUUCCCAAGCGGCUGAAGAAGAGGGAGAGAAAAGUGCUGCUUGACGGCAGCAGCCUCAGCAGUAUGAGCAGCAGUGGAGACGUUUGCCACAGGUUGUACCCCCGUGUGUCCUGCUGCCCCACCAGGAGAGCCGCCUUCCAGAUCCUGCACCGCAGGGAUGCCAGGGUUUUCUCCACCAACAACACCGAAUGUGGACGUCUGCUGGAGGAGAUCAAGUGUGCUCGCUGCUCCCCCAACGCCCAGGUGUUGUUCCACUCCUCGGACGUGGAUAAGAUGCCACACAGGGAGCCAGACUUGCCGCGGCUCUGCCAGGACUUCUGCCGAGAGUUCUACUACACCUGCAGGGGGCACAUACCAGAGCUGUUUCAGGCCGAUGUGGACGAGUUCUGCCAAUACUAUGGGAGGAGGGACGGCGGUCCGUGCUUUCCAGAUUUUCAACGAAAGCAUCCGUUAGGCCAAGAUUCCAACUAUUUGGGAGAUGAAAAAAUGGAAGAUAUCAGCAGGAAACACAAACACAACUGCUACUGUGCCCAGGAGGUGCUGAGCGGUCUGAGGCAGCCCGUCGCCGUGGUGCAUUGUGGGGACGGAUCUCAGCGACUCUUUGUCCUGGAGAGAGAGGGCAUUGUCCGAAUACUGAACCCUGACCUUGAGUUUAUUAAGGAGCCCUUCCUGGACAUCCACAAGCUGGUGCAGAGUGGUCUGAAGGUAGGAAUGUGUCUGACAUUUGGAGGAGAAUUUUUUUUUUUUUUUCUGAUGCUCGGGGAGCCUCAGCUGCUCCUGUCUUUACAUUAGGAGCGGCUGAGCCAAGUGUGAAUGUGUGAGGAACAUCUGCAGCCAACACAAAUCCCUUGUUAGGGGUGUCUGCUGGCUAUUAGCAUUCAUUUAUAUAAUUAUACCAAAACAUUUAACUCUGUAAUUAUACCAAACCAGCAGUCAUUUAUCAAACGCCAUCGCAGCUAAUCAUUAUGUCAUUAUCUCCCAGUUAACUGUGUGCAGCGCUCCAUUGUGCUUCUUGUCAAUUUUCUGUUCAUUUUCAUAAGUUGGUUAACAGCUUUCUGGACGCCGUCCAUAUUGUUCUUCCAGAGUGUCUUAAAGUCAGUGCUGACUAACUCCGCAGCCUCGGGGUGACAGUUUAACAGCUGUCUCUCAGUCUGAAAUUGCAACCUGGUCUUAAAUCUGUAUUCACUUUGGCAAAAACAGUUUUUUUUUUAUUUGAUGUCUGUGUCUUGUUCUUUCUUUUUACUGUGGAAUAGCACGUUGUGUAACGUGCAGCAUAUGGAGACGUGAGCCAAAUGGACUGAUUAGUCUGUGUGAUGGCAGGAAGCAGCACUGCUGCAGCGUUAGCUUUGACUGCUGGUCCUCCUCUACAUGACACAGUGUGAGGGGCAACUCAACAUGUGUUCUGCUUUUGUUUGGUUUUGUAGCCAAUUUGACAAAAAUAAACACAGGCAACGGCGUUCGGGGAAUUUUAAAAAAACAAACAAACAUAUUUUUCUCCUUUAACCGGAUUUUUCUGCCUGUUGUGGAUAAAGAAAAAAAAAGAAAAAAUAUUUUUAUUUAUCAAUGUGGAUUUCAUUUCUAGUGCUAGUCCUUAAAUUAUAUCAUUUAUGAGAAAUGGAAACAUCGCAGUGUGACGUUGUAAUCGGCCUUUCUUGGAACAUCUGGUAAAUCUGUCAUUUAAACCGCAGUAAAGUUUUUUUUCAGUUUUAUACGUUUUCCAUCAUUUUUUAAAACUCACUUAAGGAAACAAAUGUUUUCCGUAGAUCAGGGGUGUCAAAGUCAUUUUCACCAGAGGGAGUGGGGGGGCACAUCAGCAAUACGGUUCCCGUUGAAGGGAAGACUGUAACUACUUCAUACUUCAAUUGAUUAUUAUUUAUUAAAGUUACUAAUAUUGCACAUCGCUGUGUUAUAAAAAUAAUAAUUUCAGGUUGAGAACUUCAGCAGCAUGGACUUUAGGGCCACAGAAAAUGACUUGGCGGGCCACAUUUGCCCCACGGGCCUUAAGUUUGGCACAUGUGCUGUAGAUGAUUACAUAUACAUACAGUGUAAUUCAGCGACGUAGUUCCAUCAUCAUCUUAGAUUUGUUUGUAUUUUUGUUUUUUAAAGAAAUGCUUGAAGAAUGAGAAUGAGCUUAGAUUGCACAGGGAGAUGGGACAAAUGGGAUGUUUAGGAGGCACACUUCCAGACAGGAAGUUUAUCUGUCAUGCGUGCCUCCUGCUCCUCCACUGACAGGGCCGCUUCGCUUACACGGAGUCAAACAGAGCAUUUGAAUAUCCAACUGCCACUCGCAGGAUGCUCCUCUUCCCCAUCUGCUCUGCCUCCCUAUCUGCAUUCAAUCCAGACUGGAUGCAGAUAAAGUAAUCAUGACAAUUAGACGUGUCUUAAUCCCCCUCGGGCCUCAGGAGUCCUAUUCUGUGAUGUUGGCUCCCAGAAGGAGCGGGUGGAUGGGAGCAGGGGAGGGCCGAGGUGUUUACUGGCAGCAUCAACAGGAUGGAGAUGCCUUUAUACAGAGAGAGGAAUCCAGGCACCCGGGAGACAGGGCAGAUAAGAGGUUUAUCAUCAGCCACAUGCACAUGCUUUGAUUGUAAUGUUCUGUGUUUCCUCCUGCUCUUCUGUCCACCUCCUUCCCCGGAUUCCCUGGAUGCCAAUUAAACUGAAUUGCACCGAGACAAUGCUGCGUUGCGGUGGUGUGGGCUCCGAGGUGCUCUGUGGGUGUUCUUCUUCAACUGAAAUCCAAUAUCAGUACUUGUGCUGUGCACAAUCCUCCUCCUCCAGCAGUGAGUGUGUUGUACGCAGCUGGCACUUCAGCGAGGACAGGUUGCACACGACUCCUAUUACCUGUGUUUACGCUCACAAACGUUUUUCAACGAUGCAGAGGAACUCACUGCAUGUUUGGAGUGACCUCAUUCGCAGGUUCUUUCAAGGAAAAAAAAAACAGUUUGAAUAGUUUUAACCCAAUAUAAGUCACGUCCCUGCAGUGCUGCUCAUAUAGAUGUUAGGACUGUCGGACUAUUGAAACCUCUGAUCUGAUUAAUCACAGGUUAGCUGUUAUGUUUAAUAUAAUUAUUUAGAGGUUUAUUUAGGAAAGUUUGAUUCAAUCAACUUUCCUAAAUAAACUUCUUUUUCCCCUUGUAUAUUAAUGGAACAGAAUAACAGAUAACAACAGGCAGAUGUAUGUGUUUGACUCAACCAUUUGCUAGUGGAUUAUUAUCAGUCCUGUGCAUCUGGACGGUGGUUACUUUAGGUGAAGCCCAAGAAAACGUCCUACCAACAGUGUGUGUAAAUGACAGCAUGUAUCAGUUGUGUAUUGGAUUAAUGAUGAAAGUGGUUGGAUGGUGGAAUUAUUGGAUUAAUUUGUCAACUUAAUUGUCGCGGUUAACAUGUUUAUUUCGACAGCCCUAAUUUAAUACUAAUUAGUGGUAGAUAGUCAUAAACUAGUGAUCCCACUUUUACAAGCAAGUGCUCUUUUAUUAGGGAUCAUAUGGCUUUGGUUUUCUAUGAAUGAUAUACACUACUCAAUCAGUCAAUGCACUUCACUGUGCUACAGUGUGUGGUCUAACGCGUCACUGUAACUGUGUCUUAUCCACACAUUGAAACAACAUAUUUCUAACCACUGACUUGUGUCAACAUAACAGCAGUAACAGAAACCACCAACAAAUAUUUCUUCCGUUAAAUGAAAUAAAUCAAAGCCUUUCUUUCCUCCUCUGUAGAACCAUGAACUGACGGCGUCAUCGGAGACUCGUUUUUUUUCACAGCCAAAAAUGCGUAGCUUUACCUCCAAUUACCGUCUAUUUAUUCUGAUUAGAAACUGGGCUGAGGUCAGACUUGUGUUAAUCUCAGUAUUACCGCCUGACAGCUGCUGUCGACUGGAAACAUUUGAAACCUCGCUGUGGUAUAGAUUUAUCUCAUGAUCGUAAGCCCAGAAAUAAAAAAAAACAACAACAAAAAAACAUUAUUUAUCCACACAAGAACAUAUAUUUUGGAAUAAUAAUCGCCUCUUAAAUCACUUAUAUGUGUCUGUUGUGUUUAGCCCUCUAUCAAAACGUGUACAGGUUAAGAUGGAAACUUUGACUGAUGUCUUUAAUGUAAUGAAUUAUAAAUGUGUUACUUCAACCACAAAGGAUCAUGAAUCAUCUUCUGAGCCCUCGCUCUGAAGAUGGAUUACUGCGGAUCUCUGGGAGGAUUACCGUUUCACUGGAUUCCUGUGUUCUCGCUGUAGGAUUUAUGUAUUAACAGGUGGAGUUGGAGAAAAGUGAUAUUUUACUUUGUAGUUCUCCACACAGUAGAGAGUUGGUGGUAGAAGUGUGGGUCAUUACUCAUCGUUUCACGAAGGGCUUUGAGGAGCUUCGGCUUUGAGGACAUUUAGAGCGCGCGUCAUUGGCUGAAGUCACUCGCUACAUAGAGGUGUAAAGUGAAUUUUUGGAAAUUUUUUGGAAAAGUUUGGCUGGCCCGAUUAAAAAGCGGCAUCUUAGGCAUCUUAGUUUGCCCAUGCCUGUAUUAGAACAAUGAAGAAUUUAAAGAAAACAUCAGACUUUUCUAGCUCUAUCUUUUUUUUGUUUUUCUUUAAACAAAAAGGAACAUUAUUUUAGUCCUGCUGACCUGCAGAAAAAAACUCCAGACUAACAGUCAGGAUUGUAGUUCCAUAGUGUAGUGGUGAGCAGAGAGUCCGGGGUUUGAUUCCCAGAGGAGCCACAUAUCCCUAAUGGCGCCUCCCGUGUGGUGGACGGUGAGUUGCAACCACGUAUCUUAUGGCGCCGCCUGUGUCAGUCGCAAAGACUCACAUUGUAAAUUUCAAAUGAGGAACUCAAGUAUUAUUAUUACAUAGAGAGACGUUUUGGUCAGAGGUUUUUGCCUUGUUGAUUAUAAAUACUACAUUGGUAAUAACUUCUGUAUAAACUUACGACUCCUUUUAUUAGAAGUUACCAGAACAGAUUUAGAAGGGGAAAAAAAAUAGAGACAAAUGUGUUUUUGUACUUGAUCAGAAAAGAGAAACCAGAGACAGUACAGAGGACAGGACAGGACUCUUGGACUACAUCUUCAGAGUAUCUGUCCGCUGAAUCUUCUGGCAGCACCUGCACUUUGAUUGUGUUCGUCCUUCUGAGAGACGUACGUUCUUUUGUUUGACAUCUGUCUGAUUAAAGUGUCGGACUCUUCUGACUUUGGUGCUCUGCUCCUUUGGCUUCUGCCGUGGAAGCUGGUCAUUAGCGAGGAAGCUAAUGUUUCAGACCACCGUAUACCUUGGUGGUCUUCCUUUGGCUCCUAAUCAAAGCCGCUUUUAAACUGCGGUUUUCGACCAACUCCCUGUGGUGGGUUUUUUUGGGGCGUGUGGGUCACUGCACCCUCAUACGGACCAUAUGGAUCCACUGGUGGUGGGUUACGGGGAGAAUCUGUCUUGGUUAGAUGAAAGUGAACGGCCACCUCCGCUCCCAGCUAACGUGCAGCUGUAUGUUGUCCCACGUUCACAUAGCUCUGUGUUUUAUGUGACUUCAAUCGUCUGACUUUUAGGAGUACUCGUAAAUAUCCUUCAUAGAACCUCGGCCUUUUGGGAAUAAGAUUUAUUUGUCAACUUUCACAACAUUUCACUUUAUCUUCAGAUUUAUAGACCCCCUGUGCUUGUCAUGACGUUGCUCAUUGGUGCAUUCCUCCGCACGGAGUCAUCAUCUUUUUUCUGCAUCCACAUAUGGCCUGUGUCACUGCCAUGUUUUGACAAGGCUGAGUUCAACCAAACACAAUUAUUAAAUCGCACACAACAAUGUGUUUUUGGAGAGGUUCUAACAGAAUACUAGGGAUUCUUAACUUGAGUACUCUCUGAUACCGAGUAUCAUCACCAAUACUUGUCCAAUGGGUUUCAAUAAAUAUUACUAAAGACUAGUGUUAUGUAGGUCACCCGACUCCAAGGAGGAAAAUGUUUACAACUACCUUAGAAUCAGCUUUUUUUUUUGUUAAAUUGAUCUUAUUGUAACAGAAAAAAACCCUUACAGUGAGUCUCCCACCUGUCAUUGUCCGUGAUGUUGUGAACCGGUUGUAGUGAAAAGCUGUUCAGGUUGUUUGAUCAAGUGUUGACACCUGUUCAGAUACUGACUCUGUAACCCACAAACUGAUUUUUUACAAUCACCUUUUCAGUUUUGAAGCAACAAAAAUGCGACACAAUUAUUCAAUUUUUUUUUUCUCAAGUACUACAUCAAUCAUCUGAAUGAAUUGGUAUCAUCUGCAAAGAGAGGGAGUUUUUUCUUUCUUUACACCUGAGCCCAGCGUUCAAUUCAUUUGUGAAUAAGAAAUAGUGCAGCAGUCAGAGUUCAGCAGAAAUAAAGGAUGGCCGGAAUGGUCUGCUUGUCUAGGGAGUGAAACGCUAGAGCUGAUUAUUACAGCUAACUAUGAUGGGAGGACCACCAAGGUAGUGACAACUGAUGUAGCUGCCUCCAGGGUGAGACAAAGGUUUACAUAUUACACAAGCAAUUUAGAUGUUUUCUAAACAUGUUGCCAAGACAGUGGGAGUUGGCAGCUUCUCCCUUGUUUAGGUUUCCUUUUUUUUUUUACUCGGCUCCCCCUGCGACCCACCCCCCCACCCCUCCGCAGCCCUGAAUUUUGCAGAGAUUUCGUGUAAAGCGGGGAGAGAGAGCGAGGACAAGGAGCAAAAAGCACGGACUUAAGUACUCUGCACUUUUGUGCUCUCUAUGAACUGUGAGUGAGCUAAUAAAUUCUUUCAGCCACUCCGCGUUGCAUUCACGAAUAUCCCCCAAAGAUUACACACACAAAUCACUGGACAAUGGAGGCCACCGGGAGGGCCGGGGCGUCACAGGGCCCCCCGACCCUGAGGACAAGCACACAUAACCAGGCUGAA